UCACUUGGUCUUCCCUUCGGCACGAGUUAAUAUUACCAUCGCGCAAGUUUUCUGAGCUCCUUUCCUGAUCAACUCCAUCACGCGCAUCACACCAUCCCCAGCGAUGCCUCCCAAAAGAGCGCCGGCGGCGGCGGCGGGCGAGUCUGCCCCGGCCGCGAAGAAGACCAAAGCGGCUGCUGGUGCGGCGAAGAUAGCCGUCGUCUCGGAGAGGCCCAAGAAGGCUGCGCCGGCCGCCAGUAAGGCCGCUGUGACCAAGAAAUCGACAACCGCUGCGAGCAGCGCGGCGCCCCCAAAGAAAGCUACUGCUAAAGCUCCCGCCCCUAAGAAAACGACUGCUAAGGCCACUGCUUCGAAAAAGGCCGCGCCCAAAGCGGCCGCUGCUCCGAAGAAGGCUGUCGCGUCGUCGCGCAAGAAGACUGCCAAGGCCGUCGAAGAAUCAGACAAGGAGAAUGAGGUCGCGGAGCCUCAAGUCAAUGGCGUCAAGCGUAAGCGGGAAGAGGAAGAAGAUAAGGAAGCCGGCGAGCACGCCGCUGGCGAUGCUGGAGUUAGCGACCAGCGGGGCACCAAGCGCGCGAAGAAGGGUGAGGACGAGGCCGCGCCGGCCAAGAAGAAGGUCGCGGCCCCCAAGGCGGCACCGAAGCGCGCUGUGCGCGAACUUAAGGAAAUCAACAAGCCGCCGACUCAGGUCAUGGAUAUCUUCGUGUUUGGUGAAGGUACCGCCGGCGAGCUUGGCCUUGGCAGUGUCCGCGUCGACGGGAAGAAGCCUAUCGACGUGAAGCGCCCGCGUCUGAAUCCCAACCUCAAGGGCGUCGUGCAGGUCGCCUGCGGCGGCAUGCACGUUGCCGCUCUGACCAUAGACAACAAGAUCCUGACAUGGGGCGUCAACGAUCAAGGCGCUCUCGGUCGCGACACGACCUGGGAGGGCGGUCUGAGAGACGUCGAUGAUGAGGACGAAGAUUCGGAGGAUGGCGACGAUACCGGGAUGAACCCGAAGGAAAGCACACCCGGAGAGAUUGACACGUCUAACAUCCCCCAUGACGUCAAGUGGGUGCAGGUUGUCGCCAGCGACAGCGCCACCUUUGCCUUGACCACGACCGGCCAGGUCUAUGGGUGGGGCACGUUUAGAAGCAACGAAGGCGUUCUCGGCUUCAGCCGGAAUGUCCUCAUCCAGCGCACUCCCACCCUUGUCCCCGAGCUUUCCAGGAUCAAGCAGCUCGCCGCUGGCCUGAACCACGUCCUUGCCCUCGACGACAAGAACAAGGUCUACGCCUGGGGCGCCGGCCAGCAAGCCCAGCUCGCCCGACGGCUCCUCGAACGCGACGACUCGGCCGCCCUCUACCCCACCGGCAUCGGCUCGCUCCCCGGCCGCGCCAAGGUCGCAAAGCUCGCCUGCGGCUCGUACCACUCGUUCGUCAUCGACACCAAGGGUCGCGUCAUCGGCUGGGGCCUCAACAACUAUGCCGAGCUCGGCGUCGAGGACGAGGCCGGCCAGGACGGAGGCUUUGUGAUGCGGCCGCAGCUCAUCAAGGCGCUCGAGCCGUACGAGAUCACAUGCAUCGCCGGCGGCGAGCACCACUCGCUGGCGUGCAGCAAGAACGGCGAGCUGCUCACGUGGGGCCGCAUCGACGGGCAUCAGGUCGGCCAGCCGUCCGGGUCCUUCUCCGAGGACAACACGAUCUGGGACGAGCGCAACAAGCCGCGCAUCCUAGUCGUGCCCACCGUCGUGCCGGACAUCAAGGACGUCGUCCACGUGGCCGCGGGCACCGACCACUCCUUCGCUAUCACCGCGGACGGGAAGGUGUACUCGUGGGGUUUCUCGGCCAACUAUCAAACGGGCCAGGGCACGACCGACGACAUCGAGUCCCCGACCCUCAUCGAAAACAGCGCCAUCCGCGAUAGGAAGAUUGUUUUCGCUGGUGCUGGUGGCCAGUACGGCAUCGUCGGAGCGCUGCCGGAGAACUGAACACUGUUGUGGAAUUGAGCAAGUCCUUUCCACGGGGGAGAAGGGUGACUGUUACCCUUGGCUACCUCCCAAAAGCGCAGACGGAUUGGAUGUUCAUGUUUGCUUGUUGGGAACAAUUGCAUAGAGAGAGAGAGGGAGGGAGGG